GCCCAUUCCUAUACAAACACCAACCAUCGCUUGUACUUCAAUUACCCAUCCCAAAUAAACAAUGGCUCGCACCAAGCAAACCGCCCGCAAGUCUACUGGAGGCAAGGCCCCCCGUAAGCAAUUGGCCGCCAAGUCCGCAGCCCGUAAGACUGCGCAAGCAAGCACUGGUGGUGUUAAGAAGCCUCAUCGCUUCCGUCCCGGUACCGUCGCUCUUCGUGAGAUCCGUCGGUACCAGAAAUCAACGGAGCUGCUUAUCCGCAAGCUCCCUUUCCAACGACUUGUUCGUGAAAUCGCACAGGAUUUCAAGACCGACCUGCGCUUCCAAUCAUCUGCCGUGAUGGCUCUUCAAGAAGCCGCUGAGGCAUACCUCGUCUCGCUGUUCGAGGACACGAAUUUGGCUGCUAUUCACGCCAAGCGCGUGACUAUUCAACCCAAAGAUCUUGCUCUGGCACGGCGGUUGCGUGGGGAGCGUUCAUAGACCUGACAUCUUUUAUUCGUAUCUGUGGUGUACCUUACUGUAUUUCUAUCUAUUUCAUUUUUGACAACCCGAUGUGUGCUUAUUUGCAGCAUGACUUGCACCAUAUUGGCCUCUGGCAUUCGAAGUUUCGACGUGAAGAUUCUGACA